GGAGACGCCAGCCAAAGUAGGCGGAGUUGCGGGAGGAGAGUCCGAUCUGCGCAAUCCAGUCCGGGACUUGGCUCCGCCCGGGAGCGGCGGCCUCUCCGGUGACAGAGGAGUAGUGAGCGGCACGGGGUGAGGCUGCAGCCAACUCCGCUCCCCGCGCACUCGGCUGCCCAGGCGCUCGGGACCCAGCAGUGGCGCUCCUCCGCGGUGCCGGUCGCCCGCGAUGCCCGCUUAGCAGCGUGUAGCAGCGGCCAGCAUCACCACACCCGCGGCACCGCUCUCCCGGCCGCAGAGCCGGGCCAGAGCCUUGCACCCCUGCCCCAGCCCCCACCCCGCCCCCCGCCCUGAAAUGACUUGUUAAUCGGCGCAGACACCACCAAGGGGACUCACCGGAGUGGAAUCCAAGUGGAAUUUGGAUUUGGAGAAGAGUUUCUUGAACAUUUACCCUCUUCUUGGUGGUUUUCUUUUUCUUUUUUUUUGGCUUCUUUAUUUUUUCCUCUCCCCUUCUCCGCUCGUCAUUGGAGAUGAACACAUCGCGUUUGCAUCCCAGAAAGUAGUCGCCGCGACUAUUUUCCCCAAAGAGACAAGCACACAUGUAGGAAUGACAAAGGCUUGCGAAGGAGAGACCGCAGCCCGCGGCCCGGAGAGAUCCCCUCGAUAAUGGAUUACUAAAUGGGAUACACGCUGUACCAGUACGCUCCGAGCCACGGCCGCCUGUCCGUCGAUGCACCGAAAAGGGUGAAGUAGAGAAAUAAAGUCUCCCCGCUGAACUACUAUGAGGUCAGAAGCCUUGCUGCUAUAUUUCACACUGCUACACUUUGCUGGGGCUGGUUUCCCAGAAGAUUCUGAGCCAAUCAGUAUUUCGCAUGGCAACUAUACAAAACAGUAUCCGGUGUUUGUGGGCCACAAGCCAGGACGGAACACCACACAGAGGCACAGGCUGGACAUCCAGAUGAUUAUGAUCAUGAACGGAACCCUCUACAUUGCUGCUAGGGACCAUAUUUAUACUGUUGAUAUAGACACAUCACACACGGAAGAAAUUUAUUGUAGCAAAAAACUGACAUGGAAAUCUAGACAGGCUGAUGUAGACACAUGCAGAAUGAAGGGAAAACAUAAGGAUGAGUGCCACAACUUUAUUAAAGUUCUUCUAAAGAAAAAUGACGAUGCAUUGUUUGUCUGUGGAACUAAUGCCUUCAACCCUUCCUGCAGAAACUAUAAGAUGGAUACGCUGGAACCAUUCGGGGAUGAAUUCAGCGGAAUGGCCAGAUGCCCAUAUGAUGCCAAACAUGCCAACGUUGCACUGUUUGCAGAUGGAAAACUAUACUCAGCCACAGUGACUGACUUCCUUGCCAUUGACGCAGUCAUUUACCGGAGUCUUGGAGAAAGCCCUACCCUGCGGACUGUCAAGCACGAUUCAAAAUGGUUGAAAGAACCAUACUUUGUUCAGGCCGUGGAUUACGGAGAUUAUAUCUACUUCUUCUUCAGGGAAAUAGCAGUGGAGUAUAACACCAUGGGAAAGGUAGUUUUCCCAAGAGUGGCUCAGGUUUGUAAGAAUGAUAUGGGAGGAUCUCAAAGAGUCCUGGAGAAACAGUGGACAUCGUUCCUGAAGGCGCGCCUGAACUGCUCAGUUCCCGGAGACUCUCAUUUUUAUUUCAACAUUCUCCAGGCAGUUACAGAUGUGAUUCGUAUCAACGGGCGUGAUGUUGUCCUGGCAACCUUUUCUACACCUUAUAACAGCAUCCCUGGGUCUGCAGUCUGUGCCUAUGACAUGCUUGACAUUGCCAGUGUUUUUACUGGGAGAUUCAAGGAACAGAAGUCUCCUGAUUCCACCUGGACACCAGUUCCUGAUGAACGAGUUCCUAAGCCCAGGCCAGGUUGCUGUGCUGGCUCAUCCUCCUUAGAAAGAUAUGCAACGUCCAAUGAGUUCCCUGAUGAUACGCUGAACUUCAUCAAGACGCACCCACUCAUGGAUGAGGCAGUGCCCUCCAUCUUCAACAGGCCAUGGUUCCUGAGAACAAUGGUCAGAUACCGCCUUACCAAAAUUGCAGUGGACACGGCUGCUGGGCCAUAUCAGAAUCACACUGUGGUUUUUCUGGGAUCAGAGAAGGGAAUCAUCUUGAAGUUUUUGGCCAGGAUAGGAAAUAGUGGUUUUCUAAAUGACAGCCUUUUCCUGGAGGAGAUGAGUGUUUACAACCCUGAAAAAUGCAGCUAUGAUGGAGUCGAAGACAAAAGGAUCAUGGGCAUGCAGCUGGACAGAGCAAGCAGCUCUCUGUAUGUUGCAUUCUCUACCUGUGUGAUAAAGGUUCCCCUUGGCCGGUGUGAGCGACAUGGGAAAUGUAAAAAAACCUGUAUUGCCUCCAGAGACCCGUAUUGUGGAUGGAUAAAGGAAGGUGGUGCCUGUACCCAUUUAUCACCCAACAGCAGACUGACUUUUGAGCAGGACAUAGAGCGUGGCAAUACAGAUGGUCUGGGGGACUGUCACAAUUCCUUUGUGGCACUGAAUGGGCACUCCAGUUCCCUCUUGCCCAGCACAACCACAUCAGAUUCGACGGCUCAAGAGGGGUAUGAGUCUAGGGGAGGAAUGCUGGACUGGAAGCAUCUGCUUGACUCACCUGACAGCACAGACCCUUUGGGGGCAGUGUCUUCCCAUAAUCACCAAGACAAGAAGGGAGUGAUUCGGGAAAGUUACCUCAAAGGCCACGACCAGCUGGUUCCCGUCACCCUCUUGGCCAUUGCAGUCAUCCUGGCUUUCGUCAUGGGGGCCGUCUUCUCGGGCAUCACCGUCUACUGCGUCUGUGACCACCGGCGCAAAGACGUGGCCGUGGUGCAGCGCAAGGAGAAGGAGCUCACCCACUCGCGCCGGGGCUCCAUGAGCAGCGUCACCAAGCUCAGCGGCCUCUUUGGGGACACUCAAUCCAAAGACCCAAAGCCGGAGGCCAUCCUCACGCCACUCAUGCACAACGGCAAGCUCGCCACUCCCGGCAACACGGCCAAGAUGCUCAUUAAAGCAGACCAGCACCACCUGGACCUGACCGCCCUUCCCACCCCAGAGUCCACCCCAACGCUGCAGCAGAAGCGGAAGCCCAGCCGCGGCAGCCGCGAAUGGGAGAGGAACCAGAACCUCAUCAAUGCCUGCACAAAGGACAUGCCCCCCAUGGGCUCCCCUGUGAUUCCCACGGACCUGCCCCUGCGGGCCUCCCCCAGCCACAUCCCCAGCGUGGUGGUCCUGCCCAUCACGCAGCAGGGCUACCAGCAUGAGUACGUGGACCAGCCCAAAAUGAGCGAGGUGGCCCAGAUGGCGCUGGAGGACCAGGCCGCCACACUGGAGUAUAAGACCAUCAAGGAACAUCUCAGCAGCAAGAGUCCCAACCAUGGGGUGAACCUUGUGGAGAACCUGGACAGCCUGCCCCCCAAAGUUCCACAGCGGGAGGCCUCCCUGGGCCCCCCGGGAGCCUCCCUGUCUCAGACCGGUCUAAGCAAGCGGCUGGAAAUGCACCACUCCUCUUCCUACGGGGUUGACUAUAAGAGGAACUACCCCACGAACUCGCUCACGAGAAGCCACCAGACCACCACUCUCAAAAGAAACAAUACUAACUCCUCCAAUUCCUCUCACCUCUCCAGAAACCAGAGCUUUGGCAGGGGAGACAACCCGCCUCCCGCCCCGCAGAGGGUGGACUCCAUCCAGGUGCACAGCUCCCAGCCAUCUGGCCAGGCCGUGACUGUUUCUAGGCAGCCCAGCCUCAACGCAUACAACUCACUGACAAGGUCGGGGCUGAAGCGUACGCCAUCGCUAAAGCCGGACGUACCCCCCAAACCUUCCUUUGCUCCCCUUUCCACAUCCAUGAAGCCCAAUGAUGCGUGUACAUAAUCCCAGGGGGAGGGGGUCAGGUGUCGAACCAGCAGGCAAGGCGAGGUGCCCGCUCAGCUCAGCAAGGUUCUCAACUGCCUCGAGUACCCACCAGACCAAGAAGGCCUGCGGCAGAGCCGAGGACGAGCCGAGGACGCUUGGGUCCUCCUCUCUGGGACACAGGGGUACUCACGAAAAUUGGGCCGCGUGGUUUGGUGAAGGUUUGCAACAGCGGGGACUCAACCUUCAUUCUCUUCCUUCACUUUCCCCCACACCCUACAACAGGUCGGACCCACGAAAGACUUCAGUUAUCAUCACAAACAUGAGCCAAAAGCACAUACCUACCCCAUCCCCCCCCCCACACACACAUGCACACAACACAUACACACACACGCACAGAGGUGAACAGAAACUGAAAUAUUUUGUCCAUAACUUCACAGGACGUGGCCACACUGGGUUUGCGUUCCAACCUGCAAAACACAAAUACACUUUUUAAAAUCAAGAAAAUUUAAAAAGACAAAAAAAAAAAAAAGAAUUCAUUGAUAAUUCUAACUCAGACUUUAACAAUGGCAGAAGUUUACUAUGCGCAAAUACUGUGAAAUGCCCGCCAGUGUUACAGCUUUCUGUUACAGCAGAUAAAUGCCAUGUUGGGCAACUAUGUCAUAGAUUUCUGCUCCUCCUCUCUUUUAAUGAAAUAACGUGACCGUUAACGCAAGUAACUCUUUAUUUAUUGUUCACCCUUUUUUUCCUUAAGGAAAGGACUCUUCCAAAUAUCAUCCUAUGAACAGCUCUUCAGAAAGCCCAUUGAAAGUUAAACUAUUUAACGUGAAAUCCAUUAACUGGAAUAAUUGAGUUUCUUUAUUUUUACAAUAAAUUCACUGAGUAAAUAAGUUGGAGCUGGAAUUCUGAGCUUUGUGUUUGGACUGUCUGGUCUGUAGCUAAAGGAAAAAGUUAAGCGGGGAAUAUUUAUUUAAAUCUAUCAGUUCAUUUGCUGGUCAGGUCUCUGGCCUAUAAACAUGCAAAAAAACUAAUUCAUGUUAAAGUCCUUCCAGAUCCUAAUUUCUAAAGCAAUCAGGAGAGAAGCUUUUAGAAUGGCACAUCAUAUCCCAUUGGUGCCAACAUGGUUUUGUCCAUGGUUCUGACUUUCUGUGAAGGCACCAGCUUGCAAUACGCCAUCUCAUUUCACCUUGCAUGUGAGACAGCAAACAAAAUCCACAAAUGGUGUGAACUAAUAUGCUGGCUGCUACCUUGCAUAAAUUAAUGAUUUGAUCACACGGGUUCUUUGUGGGGUUACAUCUGUGAAUAGCCUGUUUUCCACAUGUAAAUUUGUGCCUUACACCUUAAGUUGUGUACACUUGUAAACUGUCUUUAUGAUCAACUGUUCCUCCUUUUGAAAUAAGUGCAGAUAUUUAUUUAACCCUCCCUUCCCCACCCUCCGCCCCCCUUCCAGCCCUCUGGAAGAUUGGAGUCAAGCAGAUGGAAGAAUGCAGUGGUGAUAGUUGUCAUGCGACAGCCUGAGAACGCUGGGCAGCACCACACCCUCCAAUUCACACUGCCUUCUAGUUGUGCCAACUCGAACCACCCUUUGGCUGUGCUGCGAAGCAUGGACCCCAGUGUUGUGGGUGUGGCAAAUCCCCUUUCAUCCUCAAGAGCUCCCUGCUUCCCUUAGAUUAUUUCAAUACGGUGAUAUCCUUAUUUGCUACCAGAAAAGGGACUAACGUCCCAUUCCUCUUUUCUGCUGUGUCCACUGGCUAGAGAGCAGGCGGUCCGCAGUUGGGCAGACACCUGGGAGGAGUCUUCAAGCCAUGUGCACAACACACACGUGCAGUGCAUACAAAGAAAUGACAUGGAAAUAGAUGCAGGCAGGCUGGUCCCUGCUGUGAUUAACGAGUAACUCCAAGUACAAGGCCGACCACAAAGGAUGCUGCAAAAACGUUGACUGGGGCAAAGGAUUUUUUAUUUUAUUUUUUAUUUUGUUAUUAUGUUUUUAGGGGAUGGGAGGUGGUGUGUGUUUUUCUCCUCUUGGUUUUCAUUUGCUCAAGCACACAAAAGGGACUUUAGUUUACUCUAUCAUGAACAAAGGAACUGUCCACAUACUAUAAACCAUGAGCAGUGUUGUUGUUGUUUUUUAAAACAGUAUAUUUGGUGGUCUCUUUGUUUUUACUUCCAGUUGGAUCUUCUGGGUUUAGUUUUGUCUUUAAAAAGAAUUCAAAAAAAGACUGACAAUGACAGUUUUGAGUUGGAUAGUGAAAAAAUGGAGCCUCCAUAAUCAGUGUGGUUGCCUUCAGACCUGAGUACUUAGCUGAGGGUGGGUGAGAGCCCUUUGUUCCAAAAGUCCAUUACAGUUUUGCUGUUGUUUAGGGGUAGGUGGUGGUUGUUGUUUUUACUUUUUUUUUUUUUUUGCCUUUUGUAAUGGAAUCCAUGUUCACAUCCUGUGAACUCUGUCUCCUGAAACCCUGAAGUAUUUCCUAGAACUUGAAAUAUUGUUUUCUUCCUUGAAUUUUCUCUAGAAAUGCAGAAAUUAGGAAGGCGAUGGGUCUGUAUCCCCCUGCCCCCUUCUUUCCCAUGCUUGACUCCUGAGAGUACUGGCAGUGCGGCACCCAUCAUUGACGUGAGCGGCUGUCUUGUCCCGUGUUCGUAGGCAUCACUGCCUCAGCUGUUAAGGAGACCUGUGUCAAAACUUACAUCCACUUUCCUAGACCCCCACAACCCAUCACUUCUGGUGUUAACCCUAAAAUACCCACAUGUAUUGAGCUGGUCUUCUGCAUUUAAGUAUUUCUCCCCAUUUUUUUUUCCCCACUGUGUGUGGGGGGAGGGUCCAUAAACCCGAGUGUGCCUUUGCUUUCCACCCUUGCUAGACACUGGUAGAUGCAACAAACUCAGAUUUAUAUUUGUUGUAAAGUUGUAAAAAUAUUGUGAUGUCACCAAUUUUCCUUCCAUCUCCACAUCCCCUAACAUCUGAUUCACGACUUAAUGUAUGUUGUAAAAAAA